AUGGCAGAUCUCGUGAAAAACCCCGUGCUAGAGACGCAUCCGCGUGCAUGGUUUCUGUUCUUCUUCCUCCUCGUGCUUGUCCACUAUUACUGGUUUAUUGCAAAGAAAAGGAAGCAGCAAGAAAACCGUCUCCCUCCUUCGCCACCGGCUCUGCCCAUCAUCGGGCACCUGCACCUCGUCGGCUCCCUUCCGCACGUCUCCCUCAGCCGCCUCGCCAGGAAGCAUGGUCCCGACGUGAUGCUCCUCCGCCUCGGCGCCGUGCCGACGCUCGUCGUGUCGUCGCCGCGUGCCGCAGAGGCGGUGCUGCGCACGCACGACCACGUCUUUGCGUCGCGUCCCCGCUCCGUCGUCUCCGACAUCAUCCUCUACGGCUCGUCCGACGUCGCCUUCGCGCCAUAUGGCGAGAACUGGCGGCAGGCAAGGAAGCUCCUGACAACCCACGUCUUGAGCGUUAAAAGGGUGCAGUCUUUCCGUCGUCUUGCCAUAGAGGAGGUGAGCAUGGUGAUGGCCAAGAUUAACGAAGCGGCCAGAGCGGGUGGUACGGUGGACAUGAGCGAGCUGCUCAACUCAUUUGUGCAUGACAUCGUGGUUCGCAUCGUAUCAGGAAAUUUUUUCCUAAAAGAAGGACAAAGCAAGAUUUUAGGGGACCUCAUCAAUGAUAGCUCACGGUUACUAGGAGGGUUCAACCUAGAGGAAUAUUUCCCAGCAUUGGCUAGGGUAAAAGUGCUUAAGAAGGCAGUUUGUGCCAAGGCCGAGGGAGUGAGGAAUAGAUGGGCCGAUUUGCUAGACAAGGUGAUCGACGAUCGUCUGAGCAAUGAUAAGUCAAAGCUUGAUCACACAGAUACUGAUUUCGUAGACAUUUUGCUGUCUCUUCAGCUGGAGUAUAAUCUCACAAGAGAGAAUCUAAAGGCUCUUCUCAUGGAUGUAUUUUUUGGUGCAACAAGCUCGUCAUCAAGCACCCUCGAAUUUACCUUGGCUGAGCUCAUGAGGAGGCCACACCUGUUGGAGAAGCUUCAAGACGAGGUGAGGACUAUCGUACCACAGGGACAAGAAAUUGUCGGUGAAAUUGACAUGAACAACAUGACGUACCUAAGGGCAACCAUUAAGGAGUCACUUCGGCUGCAUCCUGUUGCGCCCCUCCUUGCUCCGCACCUUGCCAUGGAUGACUGCUACAUUGAUGGAUACAUGGUUCCUGCUGGGACACGUGUCAUCGUCAAUGCAUGGGCCAUUGGUAGGGACUCAACCUCCUGGGGGGAUGCGGAAGAUUUCAUACCUGAAAGAUUUGUAAAAGGAGGCAAUGAUGUGCAUGUCAACUUCAAGGGGAGCGAUUUCCAUUUCUUGCCAUUCGGUGCAGGACGGAGGAUGUGCCCUGGCAUAAACCUCGCAACUACCAACAUCGAGCUAAUGUUGGCAAACCUCAUUUACCACUUUGAUUGGGAACUGCCGCCAGGGCUUAAGAGAAAACACAUUGAUAUGACAGAGGUGUUUGGGCUAACCGUUCGCCGAAAGGAGAAACUGCUAUUAGUUCCAAAAAUACGCAUAUAGAAAAACAGCCAUGUAGCCACAUAUAACCCAAGUAUUUUGU